AUGAGAAACUUUCUUAUAAAGCGAAAUGAAGGAGAAGCAAAUUAUUACAUUGAUUUCCAGUGUCACAUAAUGAAACGGUUUGGAAGCCUGAUGGAUAAAGUCAAUAACACGGCAGUGGAAGAGUUUAUUUUAUUGGCUUUUUCAGAUUUAUAUCAGCUGCAGAUUCCUCUGUUCUUUGUCGUUUUGUUUGUCUACAUCAUCUGUAUGUUUGGCAACUUUGUCAUUAUUAUUCUAGUUAUAGCGGAACCUUCACUUCAUACCCCGAUGUACCUUUUUAUUUGUGAAUUAGCUGUGCUGGAAAUAAUGUAUGUGACUUGCAUUGUCCCUAAUCUUUUAGCUAACCUCAUUGCAGAUAAGAAGAGCAUAUCCUUCAGUGGAUGUUUCAUACAGUUGUUUUGCUCUUGUACUUUGGGAACUGCAGAAUGUUACCUUCUUGCAGUCAUGACUUUUGACCGAGACCUGGCUAUUAACAAGCCCCUGCAUUAUUCUGCUAUUAUGACCCAGGAGUUAUGUGUGCAGCUUACACUUCUACCAUGGAUUGUUGGAAUUAUCAUAGUAUCUAUUUCCACAGUCUUCACAGCUAAUUUGGAAUUCUGUGGGCCUAAUGAAAUCAAUCAUUUCAUUUGUGAUUAUUAUCCUCUGCAGUCCCUGGCUUGCCCCAAUACAUUUAUCACUCAAGUGGUCACAAAUUUUGGGGCCUUUUUUGCAGGUGUAGUCCCAUUCACAGUAACUGUCGGACUCUAUACCCAUGUAAUUAUUGUCAUUUUGAAGAUUAAAAGUGCUGAAUCUAAACAGAAAGCCUAUUCCACCCUCUCUUCCCAUCUCACUGUAGCAGGUUUGUAUUAUAUCACAGCUAUAGUUGUGUAUGUUGUGCCAAAGGGAACCCAGUAUAACAAGUUCCUUUCUCUUAUUUAUACUGUCAUUACUCCUCUUUUGAAUCCCUUCAUUUAUGCCUUCAGAAACAAAGAUAUAAAGAAAACUUUAAUAAAAUCAAGGAGGCUAAAGCUUUGCCAAGGAUCGUUCCAAUAUUAA